GAUUGGGUUGCUCAAGUCAGUCUACGAGGCCCCAUCCUUGCGGAGGACUUCAAUCUCCCAACAGAAUCUGGACAGGCCAACGCAGAAUCCGACCCAGCAGAAGUAAGAUGGCAGAUGCUCAGCCUCUACACGCUCCCAUCACACCGAUCGAAAGGACUGGGCAAGAAACUAUACGAAGAAGCUUUCAAGUACCUUCAAUCUCGAGACCAGAACCAGGCCAACCCGAGCAAGGUAGUCGUACGGAUCAUGGUCAAGCCUGACGACAAGGUCACCAUAAAAAUGUACGGAAGUCUUGGGUUUGUUCACACGGGUGUGUGCACGCUUGAAGAAGCCCUGGAAGCGAACGGCGACGCUGAAUUGCUGCCACGU